AUGAUUCCUUUCACGGGGAAAACGACACUGAAGCAGUAUGUGCCUGGAAAGCCUCACCCAGAAGGUCUUAAGAACUUCGUGCUGGCAUCACCGCGAGGACUCGUUCUCGACUUCGAAGUCUACCAAGGGAAGAAGCUUGACGACGGAGGCGCUGAAGGCAAGCCAUGGACGGUGGGCGAGUCUGUGGUGAUGAGACUGGUGCAAACCUUGGUUCCGGGGACAUCCGUGUACUUCGACAGGUACUUUACAACGUCCCGCCUCCUGGAACAGCUGGAGGCUCGAGGGCUUCACGGGACUGGUACCAUCAAGAAAAAUCUGGUCCCGAAGGAGGCCAAACUGCCGACAGAGAGGGAACUCGCCAAACGAGGAAGAGGGACGUCUGUGUGCGCUGUCCGCAGUGACGACGCUGUAGCGUUCACGGCCUGGCAAGAUCGCAAGAUGAUCCUGUUGGGAUCAACCGAACACGGCGUCGAACCUUCAGACACCUGUAAAAGGUACCAGAAGACAAGUCGGUCGUACAUUGACGUAACUCGUCCUGCAGUCGUCAAGGCCUACAACGCCAACAUGGGAGGAGUGGAUCUGAAUGAUCGGAUGAUCGCGCACUAUAGGUCAGGUGCGAGAACUCGGAAGUGGACGGUAAAAACAAUCCUUCACUUCUUCGACUUGUCAGCUGUCAAUGCGUGGCUACUGUACCAGCAAGAUGCCGAAGAAGCCGGCAUCAAGGGUGCCGAGGUGAUGAACUUCCUCCAGUUCAAGUAUGCCCUGGCGAUGCAGCUCCUGAAGGGCAUCAGCUCCGAUGGCUCAUCCCACAGCAGCUCAGGAAGCAGCGACGUAGACGAGCCUGACGGACCGGAUCCAAAGAAGCGCCGUCGAGCCACAGUGCCAAUGCCGUCACCAGCUCGCCUGCGUUCAGGGAAGCACCUCCCCAAGUGCCACCCUCGGAAGGAGUUUAAGCGGUGCAGGAAGCCCGGGUGCCAUCAGCAGACAGGGAUGGAGUGCCGCAGGUGCAAGAUCUUCCUCUGCUGCCGCCCGGAUCGUGACUGCUUCCAUCAGUUCCACGAGGGAGGUUCGAAUGUGUAA